UUAACUUCCAUCCUGGUCUUUGCAACAAUCACAGGCAACUUCCUUGGAGACAUUGGAAAGAGGAAGGGAACUUUUCAUUUAAAAGAUCUGCAAAUCAAUUCAGCACGACUGUUGGAGCAGCAAUUUAAAGACACUUUGCAAGGCUAACCAGUAGUGAUUGGCUGCAUUGGUCCCAGAUUUGUCAAUUUAUUAACUGUCCAGAAGUCAGAACACGGGCCACAAGGUCGCUAACAAAAUUUGAGCAAUUACCUAUGGGGGUGUAGGAAGGUGCCAGAAGAUGUGGCAAGCUGCGCUAAGCACCCUGAACCCAAACCCAACUGACAGCUGCCCUCUCUACCUGAACUACGCCACUGUAGCAGCCUUACCUUCCCGGGUCAGCAGACACAACAGCCCGUCAGCCGCCCAGUUCCUCACACGACUCAUUCGAAGCUGUCUCCCAGGAGGGGCCAACAGGUGCAUCCUUAUGGUCUGUGAGCGCUCGGAGGUCUUUGCCUCAGCCUGUGCCAUAGCAAGAGCUUUCCCGCUGUUCACACAUCGUUCCAGCGCAUCUAGACGUACAGAGAAGAAAACUGUCGUCGUGGAAUUUUUCCUGGUGGGACAGAACAAUGGCCCAGUGGAGGUGGAAACGCUUAAAUGUCUGGAAAGUGCUACAGAAGGCAUAAGGCUGGCUGCUCGGAUCGUUGACACCCCAUGCAAUGAAAUGAACACGGAUAGCUUCCUGGAGGAAAUCAGAAAAGUUGGGAAAGACCUUGGGAUUGUUCCAACCAUUUUUCGAAAUGCAGAGCUGAAGGAGAAAGGAUUUGGAGGUAUCUACGGUGUUGGCAAAGCAGCCGUGCACCCCCCUGCUCUAGCUGUGCUCAGUCAUACUCCAGAAGGUGCCACACAGACCAUUGCCUGGGUUGGGAAGGGCAUCGUCUAUGACACUGGAGGACUCAGCAUCAAAGGAAAGACAACAAUGCCUGGGAUGAAACGAGAUUGUGGUGGCGCUGCUGCUAUUUUGGGUGCCUUCAAAGCCACCGUAAAGCAAGGCUUUAAAGACAAUCUUCAUGCUGUUUUUUGCUUGGCUGAGAAUUCAGUUGGACCAAAUGCAACGAGACCUGAUGACAUCCAUGUUCUUUACUCUGGAAAAACUGUGGAAAUCAACAACACUGAUGCUGAGGGCAGACUGGUGCUUGCUGAUGGAGUCGCGUAUGCUUGCAAAGACCUUUGUGCCGACAUCAUUCUUGAUAUGGCUACUCUCACUGGUGCUCAGGGAAUUGCCACAGGAAAAUACCACGCAGCCGUCCUCACCAACAACGAAGAGUGGGAAAGAGCAUGUGUUAAGGCUGGCAGAAACUGUGGAGAUCUGGUUCAUCCUCUUGUUUAUUGCCCUGAGCUCCAUUUUAGUGAAUUUACCUCAGCUGUAGCUGACAUGAAGAACUCUGUGGCAGAUCGUGAUAACUCCCCAAGUUCUUGUGCUGGACUUUUUAUUGCUUCACACAUUGGGUUUGACUGGCCUGGUAUCUGGGUCCACAUAGACAUUGCUGCACCAGUCCAUGCGGGCGAACGAGCCACUGGCUACGGCGUAGCUUUACUGCUAUCCCUGUUUGGCCAGGCCUCUGAAGACCCUCUGCUGAACGUAGUGUCUCCGUUGGAUUGCAGUGGAGACUCCCCAUCAGAUGACAUGGAGAGAGAUUCCAAGAGGCGUCGCUUGGUUUAGUGUCUUACCAAAACCACUUUGUCAGAGAGGGCGCACGGAAUUACCUCACUUUGCACUGAAGGGUCUCCAAAGCCACAAAAGUACCCAUGUUGUCAGAAAUGACCAAAAGCAAAACAAAAAUCAAUUUGUCAUUGCUCACAUUUGAUUCUCCAUCUCAUUCUAGCAAAAGGCUGUGUUCUGCUUAGGGUUUUGUACCAAACUGAUGAUGACUUCGCUGCUUCCAGCCUUAAUUGAGAAGGGGGGGCAGGUAUCUCUCUUCCACUAUGUCCCUUUCAUAAAUACCUGAGCCUAUUAAUGCAACAAUUUAACUUCUUGAUGCCCAUGAAGUCUUUGGAGUAAGUUCUCCAGGGCUUUGUUCUCCCAGCUCCUCUGCCUUUCAAAAUUCAACAGUAGAGGCGGAAGAAAUAGGAUUACCAUCUCACACCUUGGACAGUCAGGUACAAGCCUUUAAACCCAACGCGGUGGGAGAUGAGGCAGCUCUUGCCCUCUCUUUCUCUAGUCUGUUUCUCGGCUGCUGUGCGGCACAUCUGAAAUUCUGCUUGGCAAGGGAUGUGCACAGGGCUGCAGAGGGGAGAGAAGGAAGGCACUGCAAUGGUCCUGUCUUGCACAGUACUGAGAGAUUUAAAGGCAUGCAUCUGCUUUUUAAUUUGCAAGGUAGCAACUCUGGGAUGAAGCUGCUUAAGGCUCCGCAUUAUUCAGUUAGUGGCAUCUCAGCAUGGUGCUAAGGGAGGCCUUAUUUUCCAAAAAGUCAUUUUUAAAAAAAGCUUCCUAAGCUGCCACUCUUGCAUGUUAAAUUUUUGGCUGACCAUUAUGGAUGUGACCCAAAGAGUGGGGUGGUGCAUUUCUCCAUUAUGUUCCUUAACGGUCUUCUGCUGAUGAACUGCAUUCAUUUUUAUGGGAGAUAACCACACUAGAAUAAAAUCCUUCCUACUCUCA